AUGCCAAAAAGAAAUUCUAAUGAUACUUCCUCAAAUCCAACAAGAAGGUCAGCUCGUAAUAAACGCGUCGAACUCCAAAACGAACUAAUUACAGAGGUGGCUAUUCAAGAAGCUUUUUCUGAAAAAGAAGUAACAAGUCCUAAGCCGCCUUUACCUAAAAAACGUACAAAGACUACCUCACUCGCUUCUAAAAACACGCGUGCAAAAAGGACCCGAAACGAGGAAGAGCAUCAAACAAUUGAGGAAAAGAAAAGGGAGGAUAGUGACCAUCAAACAACUGAGGAAAAGAAAAGGGAGGAUAUUGACGAGUCGAAUAUUUACGAAACUGAAGCAAGCAAAGACGUGUCACUUAACAACAAAAAUAAGACUGAUGAUUUCACAAUACUCCCUGUUUCUUUAAAGAACGACGCGUCAAGUCAGAAUUCAUUGAUUGAUGAGAAUUCAGAUCAUCAGUCAAAAUGGAAAGUAGUUAAGGCUAAUCUUUUUGAAGUUCCUAGAGAGCCGCCACCACCUUAUCGUGAUUAUAUUGAAAAGCUAUUCAUUAGACGUCCUUGGAUGAAGAAGAAGGACAUUGAUUACCUUCAAAAUUUAUACACUGACCCCGACUCUAUACUCGCUAAGAAACAAUUGAAAAGCCUUAUUAAUUAUGAUAUUUUUAAAGGCUUUUCAAGCGAAAAUCGAAGUCGUCUUUUGAAACUUUUACCGAAUUGUGACUUAGUUCCGAUCACGAACAAUGACGGAGAACCUAUAGAUUCACCAAAGAUCCAACGAGAACAUAGAAAUGCAGGAUUGGAAAUUUAUGAAGCAGGUGUAACUGAACUGAUCAGCGAAGUUGAUCCCAAUAAAGUUUGUCCUCGAUUUGAUUUUUGGUCUUCGGAUUCUUUUAAAGAUGCUCGAUGGUGGUUUCAAACGAGCAUUAAAUUAGGAUAUAAUACUUAUUAUGGCAUUGACACUCAAUGGAACAAUCUUGAAAAGUUCAAGUCUGUAAUUCCCAAGAAUUGGAAGUGCGAUGAAUAUGAACAAGAGUGGGGAAUUGGACUUUGGGCAAAAAUGGGUGAAAAACGAAUUGCAGGUGAUUCUGCUCAAAUGUCUCUUCCCGAAAUGGCCAAAGCAAAGGUCAUUAGACUCAAUGAAUCAUGGAAAUAUAAACGACAAUUUAAGAACGUUGGGGUAACAGUCUCAAUGGAUUUGAAGGUUAUCGCUAUUAAUCAAUCAAAUGGUCACUUGGAUUUCAAAUUAAUCAAAGAUGGAGAAGAUAAAAUCAUAACUGAUAUACAUAAACCAACUCGUCUAGAAAAUGAAGUUCUAGAUUUUGAUGGUCGUGUUGCAAAAGGUUCUCGUCCUAAUGGUAAUGCUUUUAAAAACUUUAAAAUUGUGAGGUCAGAAGAUUACACCCCAAGCUUGUUUGAUGCAAGGAAAGAAUAUUGGGCAAAAACCCAGUAA